GAAAAAGCUUUCAACGCCGCCUAUAAAUCUCUCUCUUCAAAUACGCUUUUUUAAUGUAGAAAUCUGUUUUCUAGAGAGCCCGUUUCCCUCAAAUUCCUGGUCUUCUUCCCUUCGCCUAGUCCAUAAUAUAUAUAGUACAGCAAUGGAAGUAGAAGAUGACACAAGAGACGGCUCUGCUUCCUCUAUUAUCCUUGAAUCUUUGGAAUCUACCCAGCAGGGAGAGAAUCUUUCUGAUGAGGAUUUGGCUUGGGUAAAUUCUUGUCUAGUUACAGAUACUGAAAUUUUGGAAAGUGAUUGGACUUCUUUCAAAGAUGUUCUGCUGGAAAUCAUUGGUGACCAACCCGAGACACUUGACCCUUCGGUAACCGGAAGCAAUUGGAAUCCGGGUGGUACUGAAAUCAGUACAGUUCCUUCCAUCGAGGAGGAAGAGGCUGGCAAUUACUUGGGAAAAACUCAGGAUAAUCUUCUUGUCAUUCCAACGAACGAAGACUAUGUAACAAACCCCAACAAUAUUCCUAUAAAAAAGAGAACUGGCACUAAACUGCAAUUUCUUCAGGAAGAUUCCUCUGAAACAUUACGGGAAGAUCCUUUUCGGCCCACCUACAAGGAGGAAGAAAGAAAGGCUAAUGUGGUUGAUUUAGGAAUUCAAUCGACUUUAUCUGCAGAGGAGCUGAACUCAUCAACUGUGGAUAUCUUCAGGGUAUGGGAUUUGGACAUUCCAGAUGAGGAAGGUGACCUUAAAGAGUUGAAUAAGGUUUCUGGUAAAACAACGCCUUCCUUCCAAUCCAUGCCAUUGGCUUUUGAGAGUUCAACAGCAUGGAAAGACCCGAAAGACGAACCAAUAGAUGAUAUAAUUGCUGCCAUUGCAGAUCUGUCUUUAAAUACUCAAAAGUUUUAGUUAGUUUAUCUGCCCAUGUAAAAAUCUAGGCCAAAACUAUGUUGUUGCGCCCUCAGGACAUCAACAAUGAGGUUUACAAGCGUUUGAUUGUUUCACCAAUGUCCCUUUGUUUUGCAUAGGAUUUCAAAUAAGACCA